UUACAGUUUAUCAGCGAUAUGAACGCUUCCGUCGAUCUUUCAGAUAGAUGAAAAACUCGCUAUUUAAUGGUUUUUACAAUGAUUAUCUAAAACUAUUUCGUUUUGAUCAUGGUUUACAUACCAUUAAAUUACCACAUAACUAGGUAUGGUAACCCAAGGAGCGAAGUCUACUAUGGUUGAAUAGGUUUAUGGUUUUGGGACUUGUAGUAACAAUACAGAAGUUGAAACCAAACUUUAAGUAGGAAUCAGUAAGCCGUAAACCAAAUAACAAGUAAUAAUUAGUGAAGUUAACAGUUACUAGCUAUGUUGGAAGGCUUGUCUGUGACGUCUUGUGGACUGAUAAUCCUGGUUUGCAUCAUGGUUCAUCGGUUUCUGCUAAGCAGGAGCGUCAGAAACCUGCCGCCGUCUCCCGGCCUCAAUCUGCCUAUCUUUGGGCACUGCUACCUACUGCGGGAGGAUAUGAGGCCGAUACUGGCGCGACUUCGGAAGCAAUGCGGUGACGUGUAUUACAUGCAGUUAUUGACCGUGCAAGUAGUAAUUAUCAGUGGAUAUGACGUCAUUGUUGACGCUUUCAAGAAGCAAGCCGACCUUUUGCAGCCAGACCGAAGUUGUUCCUUUUGGAAAAGAUCACCAGAGGAAAAGGCAUAGCUAUGGCUAACGGGGAACCAUGGCGGGAGCACAGACGAUUCGCACUUGAUACACUGAAGGAAUUCGGUUUGGGCAAGACUAGGCUAGACGCAACCGUACAGGAAGAAGCUGCGUUGAUGGUCGAGGAGAUAGGACACUACAAUGGCGAACCUUUUGAUCCCAAAGAUGUGAUUAGUGCCCACGUUGCCAACGUGAUUUGCUCAAUGGUUUUCCGAAGACAGUUCAAACACGACGACCCUCGUUUUAGAGGAUUGAUAAAAAUAUUCGAUGAAAGUUUUCGCUCAGCGGUCGGCAUCGCCAACUUCUUACCGUGGACGGCCCGCCUGCCUGGGGAUCCCUUGGAUGUCGGGCGGGUGAUCGCCAACUCGGACGCUCUGCACACCUACUGCGCUGAUAUAGUUCGAGAGCACGUGGAGACGUACGACGAGCACUACGAAAAUCUUGAAAUACUAAUUCAGGAACUGUUUGGUGCCGGCUUUCAAUCGACAACGACUGCGCUCCGCUGGAGUAUCGUGUGCCUCACAGAAUAUCCCGAGAUUCAAGAACGCUUGUAUAGGGAAAUCACGAGCAGCAUCGGCAUUUUGCGGCCUCCCUCUGUUUUAGACCGGAAAUCCUUAGUGCAUGUGGAGGCUUUCUACAUGGAGGUGUUCAGGUUCUGCAACAUAUCAAUCAUCUCCUUGAUGCACUCUUCGACUGAGACGGUGACCUUCAAAGGUUACGCUAUACCACCCGACGCAGCUGUUAUAUACGACCUUGUAUCCGUAUUCAGUGAUCCUGUCAUAUGGGGCGACCCGCUUGAAUUCCGACCCGACAGAUUUAUUGACGAUCAUGGGAAGUUAAUUAAACGGGAUGAGUUAAUCCCAUUUUUCAUUGGCAAACGCAGUUGUAUCGGGGAGUCGCUGGCGCGGAUGGAGCUUCUGCUGUUCCUUAGUAGUCUCGUGCAGAGGUUUCGUUUCAAAAGUCCGGCUGGGGAAGAAGUCUCCAUGGCGAACUUGGACGGGGUGUUCGGACUUGCGCAUGCGCCAAAGCCUUACAGAAUUGCAGCAUUUCCUAGGAUAGGCUGACUAGCAGUGCACGUGAUUUGCGCAGAAUGACAUAAUAAUGAUUAUAUGUUAUGACUUUGUGUACUAUUAUAUAUCAGAAAAAACAGUUUAAAGUGCUUUAAACACAGCACGUGACUUUGAAUGGUGUAUGUAUUAACAAUUCGGAUGCAUUUUUAAGUAAUUUAGAUAAAAUGUUUGAUAUAAUUGUAAAUCUCCUGAUACAAAUUAGGCAGAACAUAAUGCACGUAUACAUAUCCGUGUAUAUGUAAACUGUUAACAAUUAUAAUUAUUAUUAACAAAUGUUGAAUUCGAGUAUAUUAAAUGUAACUGAACAAAAAAAGGUGAUAUCAAUGUAGUGCGUCACUACUUGUGAUGACCCCAAAACAUAUAGAAAUUACAUAUUUUUGUUAUAUUCCUCGCUUCCAAAACGCACCACCGAUGCCUUGCUUCAACAAAUGUAAACAAACAAAGUGCCCGAUUGAUCAUUGAUAACUAUGUAUGAAAAAUAGACAAAAGAAUUUAGCAUCGGAUAUUAUUUGUAUUUACUUCACAUGCUCAAAAAGUAAAAUACAAGUACAUGUAUCGAUAACUAUAGUGUGAAUAAAGUCUGUACGUUG